GCGGUUGCAUGCACCAUCAAUAAGCGUCAGUCAUAGAACGUUUGCAUGUAAAAACAGAAUACAAAACAAUCAAAAAAUACAUCUAAGGUAUGAACGAAGGAGGCGAUGUGAGCGGUAGAGAGACAGAAAACGGAAUAGUUGCCGAAGAUUUACCGAAACUAUCGUUUCACUGCUAUGACUAUGAUACCACAGACGACAGUCACCUGGCGGACACCGAAAACUCCGGAUUUUUUUCGAAAGGAAGGGAAUACGAAAGCGCUUUCGUAAAUCACAAAUAUACAAACAAAGAAAGAGAAGAAUUGCAAAAAUAUGACAGUUUGGAUUACUUACCUCCUUGGAGCACUUCCUACAAAAACUGGGUACGAGAACAACCGAGAAGACUUGACUGGGAUAGAUGGGUUAUGAUGGGUCUAAUAGGAUUCUCAGUUGGAAUCGUCGGAUUUCUUCUUCACCAGCUGAUCGAUCUUAUAUCUGACACAAAGUGGUUCUAUGCAACCCAGUAUCUUCAGGAUAGUUUGGCAAUCGCUUGGGUGUUCGCUGUGGGUUACAGUCUUAUAUUUCUCAUUCCUGCUGCUGCUAUAGUUGUGUGGCUGCGACCCUCGGCUGGUGGGUCAGGAAUCCCGGAGUUGAUUGGAUUUUUAAACGGGACAAUCAUCCGGCAUAUCUUUAACAUUAGAACCAUGGUGGUGAAGUUUAUAUCUUGCGUGUUUGCUGUUGGUUCUGGUAUGCCGGUGGGGCCUGAAGGACCAAUGAUUCACCUCGGAGGACUUAUCGGUGCUGGACUAAGCCAAUUUAAAUCAGACUCUUUCGGAAUUCGGCCAACUUAUUUUCAAAGAUUUCGAAAUUCUGAAGACAGACGAAACUUCAUAUCCGCUGGCGCCGCUGCCGGUGUGUCUUCCGCUUUCGGUGCACCGGUAGGUGGCCUCUUGUUCUCCAUGGAAGAAGUUUCAUCUUUCUGGAACAUGAAGUUAUCAUGGCAGACGUUUUUUUGCUGCAUGAUAUCAACGUUUACAACCGACCUUUUCAACUCAGCGUUCAACGGCUUUACCUACACAGGAAGCUUCGGACUUUUCGCAACAGAAACAAACAUAAUGUUUCAAGUAGAUACCGACCUUGCGACAAACAUCUUGGCUUUUAUCCCAUCUGCUAUACUUGGUUGCAUUGGUGGGAUACUGGGUGCUCUGUUUACUUUUUUAAACGUAAAGAUCGCUCGAUUACGACGAAGAUUGCUUAGUAAAAUAAAAUCCCAGCAAAAUCAGAAAGUGGUUCGAUUUCUCGAACCCUGCAUCAUAAUGAUUUUAACAGCCACUGUUUCUGUUUUACUGCCUGCCGGAUUUACUUGCACCAAAUAUGAAUGCAAUAUUGAAGCAAUUCAAAAAGACCCAAGACACGACGGCCCACAGUGUCUCACUGUUGCGAUGGAAGAUUACCGUGCACCACGUACUGAACCUGACGUGGAACGAUACGUUUGUCCUGUGGGUCUGUCGUUCAUUGAUGGCAAUAAGACUUUAAAUAAUCAAAGCUACAAUGAAGCUGCCACCUUACUUUUCGUCACUGGUGAGCAGGCGAUUAAGCACCUGUUUUCCAACGGCACACACCGCCAGUUCCAGGUCGGCGUCUUAAUUACGGUUCUUGUGAUUUAUUAUGUGCUUGCAUGUUGGGCAGCGGGAACAUCAAUAUCCAGCGGAUUGGUCGUUCCAAUGCUUUUUAUCGGGGCCUUAUAUGGUCGCAUUGUUGGUCAACUUAUGGUCACGUGGUUUGGUAUCCACCCACCCGAGACGGAUCCAUAUUACGCUUGGAUGGAUCCAGGAGCCAUGGCAUUGAUAGGGGCUGCUUCAUUUUUCGGAGGAGUAUCUAGACUUACUAUGUCGUUAACUGUUAUCAUGGUGGAAAUAACAAAUGACAUCAGUUUUCUGCUCCCAAUGAUGUCAACUAUAAUGAUAUCCAAAUGGGUGGGAGAUUAUUUCACACAUCCACUAUAUCACUCACUCCUGGAAUUCAAAUGCAUUCCGUUUCUUGACUCCGAACCUGUGGUGUAUAGUAAAGAGAAAAAAUUACUGAAUUUAGAACUUUACUGUGCCGGUGACGCAAUGACCAAAAACACUGUUGUAGUUCACCCGGUUGAAAAAGUUGGUCGCCUAUGUAAAUUGCUCCUAUCAACAACGCAUGGAGGAUUUCCUGUAAUUAAAGAUACCUCUCAAGGACCUGUGCUAUGUGGUUUAAUUACCAGACUGGAGUUAUGUAUGUUGUUGCAACACAAUGAAAUUUUCGUCGACAGUCCUGAUGGUUCAACCGCAGGACAGGCCCUUCAUUAUCAAACGAUUCACGUUGAUCGACUUCUUCGCAGUAAAGAAACUUAUAAGAGAAUCGAAAAUAUAUUUAAACAUGAAACAGAGCGUGAACAAUACCUUGACUUGAGUCCUUACUACAAUCAAUCUUGUGUAAGUUUACCCGAAACAUUUUCCCUCCACCGUACUUACAUCAUAUUCCGUACCCUUGGCUUGCGACACCUACCGGUUGUAGAUGAUCAUAAUCACGUGGUAGGAAUAAUAACAAGGAAAGAUUUAAUGGGAUUCAAAUUAGAAGAAACUCUUCAUACAAAGUUAACCGAGAACAGCAGCGAUGUCUGAUGACACAUCAGAAUUUCAUUUAUUCGUUUUUGUCAAAUUCCGAACCUGAUAUGGUUUUCAUGUGGUUGAAACUCAUUAACCUGUUUUAUAGCCUGUGUAGUCCAUUUAUUUUAUUCAAUAAAGUCAUGUAUUUUUGCAAGUAAAUUUAAAUAAAAAGAAAACGUUAUACAAGCACUUCGUAUAUCUAUUCU